GCCAACACUUCCGCCUUCCUUUACAUGUCUGCUUUGAUACGGUGAAGCGCGUUCAGCGGACCUCUUCGUAAUUUACGUCUAUCGCCGAGGACAUAUUUCAUCUGCGAUAUGGAGGCGAUAGCAGCAAGCGGUGAGCCCAUGGAUGUGUACACGGCCCUCCAGGAGGUGCUCAAGAUGGCCCUGAUGCACGACGGCCUUGCUCGUGGUCUCCACGAAGCGGCAAAGGCCCUCGACAAGCGCCAGGCCCACUUGUGCGUUCUCGCCAACAACUGCGACGAGGCCAGCUAUGUGAAGCUCGUGGAAGCCCUGUGUGCCGAACACCAGAUCAACCUCAUCAAGGUUGACAGCAACAAGAAGCUUGGCGAGUGGGCUGGCCUCUGCAAGAUUGACAAGGAAGGCAAGGCGAGGAAAGUGGUCGGCUGCAGCUGUGUCGUGGUGAAGGACUACGGCAAGGAGACGCAGGCACACGACGUCCUCACGGACUACUUCCAGUCCAAGAGGGGAUAACCUGGGCUCGGUUUUGCUUGCAUUAAAUGGGAACUCCAUCCUCA